UGGGCCGUGUACGCACCGCUCCGCGCAAGCCCGGCCCCGUCAGGGCGGGAGCUGUCCCAUCCAGGCGCGGGCGGACCCGGUGUCCCGUCAGGGCGCGGGCGGGUCGCGUCGCCCCCCGCCAUGUCCCUCCCGCUGCGGCCCUGCCGCCCACUACUUAAAGCGGCGGGAGGCGAGUGCCGUGCUGCUCGCGCCCUCUCUCUCUCUCCCCACAGAAGAUGGCCCCGACGUGCCCGCGGCCCCUGCUGAGGUACCGGUCCUUCGCCAUCUUCUUGUUCGCGCCGCUGCUGUUGCUGCCGCUGCCAGUCACUGUGCCCACGCGGGAAGCCAAAUGUGCAUAUAUCAUCAUCAUCAUGGCUGUGUACUGGUGCACUGAAGUUAUCCCACUGGCUGUUACUUCCCUUAUGCCAGUGGUAUUUUUCCCUCUGCUCGGAGUUCAGAGCUCUAAAUCAGUGUGCUUGCAGUAUCUAAAUGACACAAACAUGCUCUUUGUUGGAGGGCUGAUUGUUGCAAUUUCUGUUGAACAGUGGAAUCUUCACAAAAGGAUUGCGCUGAGAGUCCUGCUGAUUCUUGGGGUGAAGCCUGCACUCCUCAUGCUGGGGUUUAUGAUAGUCACUGCCUUCCUGUCCAUGUGGAUAAGUAAUACAGCCACCACUGCUAUGAUGGUUCCCAUUGUUCAGGCUGUCCUGGAUCAAAUGGACAACACAGAGUAUGAUGUGACCAUGAUGGAACAAGCAACUGGCCAAACAAAUACAGUGAUUGAGCUGGAGGAAAAGAAUGCAUCAGAUCCCACUCCAGUGCAGGUCAUAAGCAAUGGACAAGUCCCUGAUGGCACCAGAUCUUCUGAGGAAAAGAAAAUGAAGAAACGUAUAUGUAAGGGAAUGACACUGUGUGUGUGCUACGCUGCUAGCAUUGGAGGAACUGCAACACUCACUGGAACAGGGCCAAACAUGGUAUUGAAAGGCCAGAUGAAUCAGUUAUACCCCAACAAUAAUGAUGUUGUGAAUUUUGCUUCCUGGUUUGGGUUUGCCUUCCCAAACAUGAUUCUGAUGUUGGUAUUAGCCUGGCUUUGGCUACAGUGCUCCUUCAUGGGAUUCAACUUUAAAAAAAGCUGGGGAUGUGGGACAGUGAGAACUGCUAAAGAAAAAGCUGCAUACAACGUGCUGAAAGCAGAAAUGAAGAAAUUAGGCCCUAUGUCUUAUGCUGAAUUCAAUGUCCUCGUAAUGUUUGCUUUGCUGGUUCUCUUGUGGUUUUCCAGACACCCAGGCUUUGUAAAAGGGUGGGCUAGCAGGCUCUUCCCAGAAGGAGAAAAAUAUAUCACUGAUUCUGCUCCUGCUGUGUUUAUUGCCCUUCUACUGUUCAUCCUUCCUGCUAAUAAACCCAAAUUCGUGGGCUGGAAUUCAAGCAUGUCUGAUCUUGAACAGACUGAAGAAGAUAUUAAAAAGCCAUUUUUAUCAGCCCCGCUGCUAGACUGGAAUGUGGUUCAGAGGAAGAUGCCCUGGAGCAUUGUGCUGCUGCUGGGAGGAGGUUUUGCUUUGGCUGAUGCAAGUGCAAACUCUGGGCUUUCAGCUUGGCUGGGUCAUCAAAUGACUCCAUUGGGAUCUAUUCCACCCUGGUCCAUUGCAACGGUACUUUCCCUUAUUAUAGCUGUCUUCACCGAAUGCACCAGUAAUGUUGCCACAGCCACCCUCUUCCUACCUGUCUUUUCAUCCAUGGCAGCAUCUGUCAAGAUCCAUCCUUUGUAUGUUAUGCUGCCUGGUACUCUGAGUGCUUCCUUUGCCUUCAUGCUGCCUGUUGCAACACCUCCAAAUGCAAUAGUGUUUUCCUAUGGCCACAUCCGGGUUUUGGACAUGGUUAGGUCCGGAAUAGUAAUGAACAUCAUUGGAGUCUUCUGUGUCACACUGGCAAUCAACACAUGGGGAAGACCUAUAUUUGAGCUUGACACAUUCCCAACGUGGGCAAACAGCACAACUAGUCAGUGAGCAAUGAAGAAUUCAUAUGUUAUACAAGAAAAGGUCCCUUAAUCUUACUCCCUAUUGCCUGAAGCACUAGAGUCUUGUCACCAUUUCAGAUCCAGUGUUAGGUGCUACCAUCUGGGAGUCACACAUCAGAUCAAGUACGAACCAACUCAUUCCAGUCAUGCUGGAGCGAAAUGUGCUGUUUAAUUAUGCAACCCUAAGGAUCAUAUGUUUGGAUCAUAAGUACAAUCAAGUGAUCCACUGCAUCUUCAACCAAGGUCAAGAUUUAGAAUUUAUCUAACUUUAUUAAAUAAAGAGAGGGUAAGCUGUUGUAUCAAAUGGCUUGGACUAUUUUAUCACUGGUAUGUACUUGAAAAUCAUUGUCAUUGGACCCAGUUAAGAGCUGACAAUUAAUUAACUGCUACGUAUAUCAACAAGUCAGCGGCUGUACAGAGAAAUUCCUGAUGUCACUUAGUUAGUGUAAAGUUUGUUAUAUUUUAGUCUGGAUUCUACCUUGUGGUGGACUCUUCCCAAGUCAACAUGCAAAUGUUUUUCAUCACCUUGUUUUCAUUCCCAGAUCUCAAAGCAUUUAGACAUCAUUAUUGAGGGUCAAGAUAAUGUGAUGCCAUGCUAGCUUUCUUCUGAUUCUGAUGAUGUCUUGAGCAACUAUGUUGGCUUCGUGUUUCUUGCACCGUGGCACUGGCAGGGCUAGGAAUCUUUCCUCCCUUGGCCCCAGGUAGAUGUGGUUUCACAUGCCAACCAGUGCUUUGCUAGUGCCAACUUGGAAAUGAUUGGUGGACCAUAGGACUUCACACCUAUUGGGAAAACCCCUGGAUUAGCCCUUGAGUCACCUUAUUAAUUAACUGUAGAAUUUUGAAGUGGAAACAAGGCAAGAGAAAGGAUCUAACUGAAGGCCUUGCAAAUAAGGGGCCCAGAAAAUAGGGCUUGUGCUGAUUGUGUACUUUGGAAUGCAGGUCCUGUGACAAAAUUGUAGCACCUGUUCAUGUAAUUUCUGAAGCUGAAAUCUAUCAAAAGAUUAGUGUUGGACUAGGUGUAUCUUGUCAUUGUACGUGAAUGUUGUUUGUUUAGCCUUGAAGAUGAAGGUGGGAUGUAAGGCAUUGUGUUGCAGUGGAGACAUCUAUGAUCAUGACCAAAGUUUUGUUUCUAGAUUUGCUGUACAGCCUCAAGCAAGUCAAUUCACCUCUUUUUGUCUCUGUUUCCCAUUCUGAAAAGAUGUUACAGUACUUAUCUACCUCAUAGGAUGUUGUGAGGAAAUAAGGGUCAACUUAUUUCAACUUCGAGGGUAAUUCUCCUCCUUAAGGAAAAAAAAUGCAACAUCUGGCCUCUAGCAUAGUAUUGUUUGUAGGAUAUUUAAUGAUUUUAUCAUUAACGUGAAUGUUGAUUACAUAACUGUGAAAAUAUUCAUGUUUUUCCUUUAAAAGUGAGUCAAGUAUAUAUCCACAAGAUCACUAGGUGCUUUUCUGAGCAGAAAACUUCUUCAGUGGUGCUGAGCAACAUAAACUCUCCGCUGACUGUUGUUCCUGGUACCUCCAACAGCAUUCUGUCUACCCAGCUGGCUGCAUAUGGUGCAGCCUCAUACCUCUUCCAUGGAAAGACAGGACAUGUUGAUAAACACUUGCAAAGUUUGUCUAAGGAAAAGAGCAGUUCUAGUGCCAAGAAAUGGCUUGGUCACAGGUAUUGGUCACCACCUGAAGGUUAUCACAGUAUUCAUUUGAAGGAUGUAAAGCCAGAACCAACUAAACACCUUCUGUGCUUUGGAAAUCACCACUUAAUGCCAGCUUGCAUCUGUAGAUACCUAACUGCAUUUGAGAAAGUGACUUUUUUUGCUUUCUAUUUCCUCACAAUAUGAGGACAUUUCAUCACUGCCAGGUACUGCAUAGUGUUUGAUCUUCACUGUUGCAAGUGAGAUACAGUGGUCCUUGUGUGGUUGGGUAACACGGAGCUUGCCUAUCUCAAUUUGUACAGAUCCAAAUUCCCCCCAAAAUGGUUUCAGCUUGAGGGUGUAGAACAUGUACUUCCCUCUCCCAUAUGCAGAAAGGAAUGUUCUGAAAGUAUCUUGAAGGGGAGAAAGUGCCCUCAUCUCAGCUAGGGAAGAGCUUUCUUCUGUUGUUAUGCAAGCAGAAAACAAAUGUUAUUUUCUGGAAUGGUCACACUGGGUGAGUUAUUGACAGAAGUGCCAGAUCAGGGAGGAAAGUACUUAUGGUGGAUUAAAGAACUCUGACUUUAUGACAAAUGUGGUGCAUUUGAUGUGUCACCUUGUUGCCCUGCUGAUCCCAAGUAUUCCCUCUGAGACAUCCUUAUGACAUCCUAUAAGUGAUGUAUAUUCAGUUUAAAUGGCAAAUUGCAGAAUUAGAGUCAGGCUAGUAAAAUAUUACUAGGACUGUCUUCUGUCUGGCACAAAUUUUCUCUCCUGUGUGACACAGAGGACCACCUGUUUCUGCAUUACCUUCCACUGUAGCAUGGUAUUGCUCCAGUAAGAUCCACAAUGGUACACACCAUAGAAAAUCAGUGCAAAGCAGAGAUUUCGACACUGCUUUAACUAUCUUCAGAACUACUUAUGAAUGGUUUCUUCAUGGUUAUCCUCAACUAAUUGAUAACUUGAGUUUCCACCUUUGAAAAUGCUCAGGCAGAACCAAGGCCGGUGGCAUACACUGCAAGCUGUCCUGUUCAUUCCAGAGUAAAAGAUGAUAGGAAUCUAAGAAACACAGCUGGUUUUUAAGAAAUGUACAAAGUCUCCAGAAUAAUGGGCAUGAACACAUUUUUCUUCAGUAUCAAGCAUGCAUGUCGUCCUGCUCCUGUGCCCUGAGUAAAUAAAUGUGUUAUUUACAAUAGGUAAUGCAAAGACAAUUGCUUUGUUACUGGAGCUAGGUUAUGUUUGUCUUCUAGCACUACAGGAUAAGUAUCAGGAGAGAUCUCCAUCUUACAUGGCAUUUAUUGUUGAUAGUUGUCUUUAGACAGUGGCAUAAAAUAAUCCCUUUUCCUCCCACUUCAAAACAUUGACCACCAAAGGCAAAAGAAAGCACAGGAGUAUCUUAGCAUGGACUUUCUUAGGACAGGUUAGUCAGCCAUAUUGAACCAGCAAAUAGUUCCUGUUUUAUCAUUUGUGAUGUGACAAAACUACAGCCCUGGCCAUUUGGACAUUGUUUGGAAAGUAAAAGGUUGGCAUAGCACAUUACUCUAAGGUGAUUAGGAAUUCCUAAGCAAUGUAUUUGGUAGGUCUUUAAAAAUAGAUCCGACUAUGUGAAAAAUAUUUUGUUGCCCAUCUAGUUUGUUGUUGUUUUCUUUUUUUUCUGUGUCACUGUGUCAACAGUUGCCCAUUAGUUAUAGUGUAAAUAUAGAUUGUCUGUUCUGGUCAUAAGGAAGAGGCCAUUCCUCCUGUAAGAAAAAAAUAUAAGAGUUAUCCUUCCCGUGUUUACUUUAUUUACCCACAUGAAAUUACUCAGCUUCUCAAUGAGUUUUCAUAAACUCAUCCAGAUCAGAACGUGAGCCUCAUAAAACAUUAUUUUAUUGACAAGCCAAACAUUAUUUUAUAGCCAGACCAUACUCUUGACAGAACUGAGUGUACCAGAUAGUAAAACAACUAACAUGUGUGAACUGUUCUUUGUGAACAAUAACAUGGGUUGGGUCUUCACAAAUAUUUUAGCAAGCAAGUUGAAUAUAAAAUUUUCCAUCAGAAAUGAAAUUAACAACAUUUUUCAAUUAAACAAUGAUUAUUUCUGGAGCAAGUAUGUAUUUUUCUUCAAUAGUUUGCCUUGGUCAUACAGUCAGAAAUAAAAUUUCCUCUGAAGGUGGUGGAGGCUUUAGCUCCUCUUAUAACAAAAGCUGGGGAAAAAAAAGGCUUUCCUGAGAGUAGCCACUUACCCUCAAUUGUCUUACGAUGUCUUGUUUCAGAGCUUACCCUUGUCUCUUUUCAUACAUAACUGUCUACAUAUGUAAGUUAGAUCAAUAAGAGCAAAUCAUAAUAUAUCACCCUAAUAUACUGGAAAUGCACAAGUUAAAAACAACCCUUUGGGAAUUCAUACUGGGAGAUUUACCCUUGUCUAAAAGGUAUUCAAAUAAAUAAAUCUUGACUUUUUUUUUCCGCAGGUGAUCAGUGCCCAGUUAUUAGGAGCUGUUUUGUUUUGUUUUGUUUUCAUUUUGGACUGAUAGGAACUGAUGAUGGCCAGCAUUCUAGGAGUUAAUUAGAUGCACAUGUCCUUCAUGAAACACCUCUCCAGUCUUUGCUAAUUUAUAUAUAUCACUGCAGCUGCUAUUCCAACUGUGGAGUUCUUCCAUUGCACUGCAUUUUAAUUGAUCAACCAGCACGUUGGUAUCUGCACAGUAAAACAUAGUUAGGGAGAAGGUCAGGAUUCUCUGCCUCCUGAGAAGCUUCAAGGAAUUAAAAUUACGAGGGUGUUUUUAUUUUCCUCUAGCUUUAUCACCUCUAAGAGUGGAAAUGAAAAGAUGGGAAAAAAGGCCCUAAAAGUAUUGGGAGGCAUAAGUGAUAGAAUCAUAGAGCGGUUUGGGUUGGAAGGGACCUUUAAGAUCAUCUAGCAUGUCAGCUGAACCACUCAACUUGGUGUCAUCUGCAAACUUGCUGAGGCUGCACUCGAUCCCACUGUCCAUGUCUCCUACAAAGAUGUUAAAUAGCACCAGUCCCAGCACUGAUCUCUGAGGAGCACCACUUGUCACCAGUCUCCACUUGGCCAUUGAGCAGUUGACCGCAAUUCUCUGAGUGCAACCAUCCAGCCGAUUCCUUAUCCAGCAAGUGAUCCAUUCACCAAAUCAAUUUUUCUCCAAUUUGGAGACUAGGAUAUCAUUCAGGACAGCUUCAAACGCUUUGCACAAGUCCAGAUAGAUGACAUCAGUUGCUCUUCCUUUACCCACUGAUGCUGUAAGUCCAUCAUAAAAGGCCACCAAGUCUGUUAGGCAUGACUUACUCUUGGUGAAGCCAUGUUGGUUACCACCAAUCACCUCAUCUUUAUUUUUCAUAUGUUUUAGUAGAGCCUUCAGGAGGACCUGCUCCAUGAUUUGCCAGAGGUGAGACUGGCCUGCAGUGCCUAUAUUGCCUAUAUUGAUUAGUGUUAUGUAGAUGAGAGCUCUAAUAUUGUGUACUUUGUGAAGCAUUUAUAAAGCCUGUCUAGCAGGGUCACUCUGUAAAUAGAAGACUACACAACCUACCAAUCUUGAGCAGUAAAAGCUGGAACUGUUGCAGUAAAGGUCCCCUGGAAAGAAUCUAAUUCAUCUGUAAUAACUGUAUCUAGCAACCUCUUACCUAGGAGUUUAACCAAAGAUGUGUAUGGUCGGAGUCACUCUGCUAAUAGCCACUGCUGCAGCUCUUUUACUUAGAAGUAGAAGGCAAGCAGUUCUAAGAAUCAAGACUGUUCUGACUAUUCUUCCAGAACUGGAAACAGAUUCCAAACUGCUGUCCAAGAUGGGGGCAAGACCCAUGUUCCUUGUCACUGUUGAAUGUUCCUGGCAUAGAAGAUGAAUAUUACCUGAAUGGAAAAAAACUAUGGAUAACAUUUGCUAUAAUGUGUUGCUCCAGACAGGAGCUAUUCAACUUUCAGGUGGAAUCUCUGGUGGCAUUUAUUAAGAUAACUCUAGGGAAAAGACAACAGGAAAAACUAUAGCAUGCAAGAAAAUGUCAGAGGAGCUGUCAUGAGUAUUCUGCGGUUUAAGACUAAGCCUGGAAUUAUUUCUGUUAUCUUCCCUCUUUUCCAAAAUAAAAAAAUGAGCCUUUCUUUGCAAGGAUGGUUGUCAAGGAAUGGAGAUGACACUGUCAUUUCCAGCAAAAAAAAAAAAAAAUAUAUAUAUAUAUAUCCUUGUUUCUUAUCUUUCCCAGCAAUGUGUCCUUAUUCUGUACUGUUUACCCAUAGGGAAGCAGCGAUAACACUUCUCCUUGGGAAACAUAGCACCCGAGGAGCUAAUAUGAUCUUUGGAGGUGGAUUCAAGAAGGAGGUUCAAGGUAUUUCAAGGAAUCGGAGAGGGGAGAAUUCUUUCUGCUUAUUUUAACUCUUGUGUAAGGAAAUUUCAUUUCUGAGUCCAUAGUACAUAAGUUUUAUUCUGAGUGGAUUUAGAUAGCCUUCCUUAUUACUUUCAGUGAUUCCACUGAUAGCAAAAGUAGCCCUGUCACAAAGCCUGAGGUGUGAAUAUUUCCUCAAUCCUGGAUAUGUUACAUCUGGAUCUACAGCUCUCAAGAUAUCUGACUCUUUCUAUUCAGCAACAGGAGUGAUUUUUUUUCUGCCUCAUGUAUUUUUAUGUAAGCUCUAAAGAAAUAAUUAGAAGACCUGGAAACUUUGGAAAUGUGAGAUUAAAACACUGGGAUGACAA